GAUGGCGGGAGGGGACAGGGCAGGUGUCAGACACUUUGUAUUGUCAGUCUAUUGGGAUCAAAGGGAAGUGAGGCAGCUGACACAUCCCGGGCUGUGGUGGGUGAGGUGGAGUCAGGGACCCCCGGGGUCUUCUAUAGGAGGGAGGGAAUCACCAGCUAUAAGUCUGUGCGCUGCAGGUACCGGGCACAGCACAUCUGGGCAUCACAGCAUUCCAACAUGGAGAAGGUCCUGAGGGCAGCCUUCUUCUCUAACACCGAGCUGCCCGGGUCACUGUGGGGCUGCCAGGACACCAUGCCAGCUGCAGAAACAGAAGCUAAAGCAAAGGAAGCGGCGUCUCCUGUGAAUGGGACACCCAGCCAGAGGAAGCGUAAAAGGACUUUGUAUAGUAAAUGGCAGCAGGUGGAACUAGAGAGCGUCUUUGAUGUUAUCCCUUAUCCAGACAUCAGCACAAGGGAGCAUCUAGCCAAGAUUAUCAGACUACCUGAAUCUAAAGUACAGGUUUGGUUCCAGAACCGCAGAGCCAGAAAAAACAAGAGCGGCAAGUUUGACAAGUUAUUUUAUAGAAGAGGAUCUUCACUCCGAGCUCAUCAUCUUUGCCUGAGGUCAGUGUCUCCCUCUCAAGGCUGUAGUCACAGAGAUGCUCUAAUUCCAAUGCCCUUACCGCCAAACCAUCCAGUAUCUCAUGGACCACCUGGUCAACACGUAUCCACCACGCAACAAGCUGGCUACCCAUCAUUUCCACAGGUACCACCUCCAUAUUCUGAGCAGUUUUCGAAUGAGUCUUAUGCACAUACCUACAGGCAGCAGGAAAUGCAUUGGCAGAACGUCACCUCCAGUCCACAGUAUGGCUGUGAAACUACAUUGUAUGACACCCAGCUGGUUGAUCUGGAGCCAUUCACAAUCCCCUAUCAAGGAUCAUAUUGGGAGAUGUUCCCACACACAAUGAAUGAAAAUGGGUCGCAGACAUCGCUAGGAUAUAUAUCUGAUGUCAUAUACAAUGCAGCCAUACUUACUAACCUGGGAGAUGCCUAAGUGGGACUUUAUAUUCCCAUGACACAUAAGGACAAUUUUGAGAGGAAAUUGGAUAUUUUUAAAUAAGAAUUCUUCCUGGACAAUUCAUAUUAUGAGGUGUUCCAUUUGUAAGAUCACAUGGUUAAUGAUGAACCUUGAUGCAAACCUUAGAAGACAAUCCAGCCGUUUGUAUAUAAAUAAAAUAAAAAAACAUUACUUUUUGUUAUUAUUUUAAAGCAGUAGUCCAAAAUAUUAGAUUUCUGAAACCCAUUAAGGAGAAGAGAGUUUGGGUCUUAAUGUGGAACAUUAAAUAGGAAAACAGGGGUGUAAACAAGCUAUAAACAUGGCUAGAUAGGGCUAGUCAUCAUGGUUCCGGGUAUACCUUUUUAUCUCUAUAGUUAUCUCCAUAGUCCUUUCCAUUGGCGAGAUAUAAGCCUUUUUGUUAAUGUGUAAAUUAGGCUCAAGUGCCCAGGAGGCAUUCCCAGCAUGGCAAAACUCCAGGCUUAGUUGGCCCAAGUCUUCACCACCUAUGUGCCUGCUGUCAAUCAAAGGAGGGUAAGCUUAUGCAAGUGGGCACAGAAGUGUCGAAUGAAAGGAGAUGGACUGGCUAACCUUGGGCCCUUGUCUUGCCUGGGAACACCCCCUGGUCCCUUGAGACUAUUUUACAUAUUAACAAAAUGGCUUAUUUGUUGGCAAUGGAAAGGACUAUUAAGAUAUCAUAGGUAUGCCUGGAAUCAUGAUGAGAAGCCCUAUGUAACCAUGCAUCUAUUUAUACCCCUUUUUCCUACUGAAAGGUCUGGUUAAAGAAAACCUGUCAUUAGUAUUACCCGCACUAACCUGUUGUUAAAGGGUUAUAGUGCAUGUGACACUGAUGAAAAUCCUACUUACCAAUAUUCUGCCCAUGGGUUCAUACUUCGGUAAUUCCUGGUCUUCUGGAUAUGGUACUUAGCCUGCUUUGUGCACAGGGAGCAUUCCCAGGCCUCUCAUGCACAGUGAUGUCCGAUGUUCUGAAGAUCUGUGCGCGCUGGCUUCUUCAUAGUAAUGUGCUGAGCCUGCUAUGCUGCAGAAUUGAGCUCCACUCUGCAGCAUAAUGGCUGUGGCCAUGGCUACUUCACAUGCAGAGAGUCCUACCUGUACCAACAGGUUAGUUCCGGUGAUACUGAUGACAGAUUCCCUUUAAAACGGCCAAACACUUUAUAGUGAAUUUGAGAUGAUUGUGGUUUAACAACCCUAACUUUUUUAUUUGUUGGGUUACCAAAAUAAUUCUUUGUGUUUUUUAAUGUAACAUAUUAAUACAUAUUUAGAGAGGUGUUUUUUGUUUUACUAGGGGUAAACUGUACAAUUUUUUUUUUAAAUGUAUAGUUCACAAUAAAAUUAAGU